AUGUUUGGCACUACCACCAAGAGAGUAACAACGACGACAGGAGAUGCAUCUGAGCCUACAGAAACAGUGUGGACGGGUACAUGUCCAGCCAAGAAUGGACCAGACCCCACAGUGGUUGAUGGGGAGUUCACCGAGAAUAUCGGAGAGAAGUGUCUUUGCAAGUGGAAUACCUGGAUGGAGAACGACAAGACUCUGCAGCCAUGCACUGUCGACCAACUGAGAGAUACCAUAAACGACUUUUGUAACGGUUCCCGCAAACUCAAAAAGCCUACCCCGACAGGACUUCCAGACAUUGCUGUGAAUCGGUUCCCAACAAAUGGCACGCACGGUAUAUUUAUCUCGGUCGGCUGGGCUACCCCGCCCCUCUGGAACUCCACGGAUGAGAGGUGCAAGGCCAAUAGUGACCUUUUGUUAGCGGAUAGCUACCACAAUCGUGCGACAAUCAGUGGGCCUUUAUUUCACCUGGCCUUACACCAUGUCUGGAUGCACAUCGUAAAGCUUGCGAUAUCAGCAGACAAAAACCUUCUCAACUGGAUAGACCCGAAUUCUGGCAACACUGCAUUGCACAUUGCGAUCGAAAGCGAGCGCGUGGAUGCGAUACAGACUCUUCUUGAUGCUGGAGCAGAUCCAAAUUUGAAGAACGGAGAUGGUUUAGUGCCCUUUGCGAAAGCCAUGAGAUCAAACAAUCUGGACACCGUGAGAACGCUGCUGGACUCUAGUCCAGAUAUCAUAGUUGAUGAGCUAGACAGAGCAGGCGUCACUCCUUUCUUGCGAGCAUGCCUAGAUGGCCAAAAGGCAGUCCCUGUCAUACGCCAGUUGCUCGAUACGAUGAAGGAUAAGGUGAAUCUGAAUGCCGUAUUGCCUAGGGAUGACCAAGAUAACGAAUGUGGGAGAACCGCUCUCAUCAUAGCAACGUCUCUUAAUCCAGAGAAAGAGGGAAGCGACAGCCUCUUUAAUCUAUUACUCGAACAUGGAGCCGACCCCAACGUACCAUGCGCUAAACACGGCAAUACACUACUCUCAAAAGCUGCCGAUAAGGGACAUAUUCAGGCUAUGGAGAAGCUUCUAGAAUUCAACGCCGACCCCAACAUAGUGUCUAAGCAAGGCCAUACACCUCUUUCUAGAGCCGCCAUAAACGGCCAUGCUCUGGCAGUCCGAAAACUUCUGGAAUCCAAUGCCGACCCCAAUCAUCAGAAUCAGGAUGGAGAAACUGCGCUGCAUUGCUGUUCAAGCGAAGGCCAUUCCUCGCAAUUGCCUGUUCUCAGCUUGUCUUCGGUCGAGAAGCUAUUGGCUUUCGAUCCAGGUCCUGGGCAAGCGUUGCAUAUGGCUCUGGCGUCUGAGGAACUUCCAAUUGCCAAGGCAGUUUUUAAACGUUAUCCUCAGCCGAAUUUGUACGACCAAGACCUCGGAACUCCAUUACACCUCGCGGUCAUGUCCAACAGCGAGGAAAUAUUCGACUUCAUUCUUGACCAAAAGGGAAUCGACGUCAAUAUCCCUGGUCCGUCUGGUCGAACGCCGCUGAGCUAUGCAGCGAUAAGAUACCAAGGCUUCGUUAAAAAACUGAUUCAAGCACAAGCUGAUCCCGACAUCAAAGACCAUGAAGGGAAGACCCCAUUAGAUCAUGUAGUUGCCGCAAGGGAUUGGGAAAUGGCACAAAUACUCUGUCCCCACACGAGAUUGGAUCUUGUGCAAGGCAGCGGUCGCAGAUAUAGUGUCUUGUAUCGGGCUUGUCAAACUGGUCACAAGGACAUGUUUAAGGUGAUCAAUACUUCAUGUCAGAAGUUAAAUCACUUUCAAUACAUUGAGCUCUGUGAACUAGCUCUACAUGCUGCUAUUGCAGCUGGCAACGAAGAGUUCUUCAAUCAGCUCAUCAACGUGCCUGGUGUUACUGGAACGGUGGAUGAUGAUGAUGGCUGGACCCCUUUGAAAUACGCCACAGUCUACAACCAAACGAAAAUAAAGAAUCUUCUGGAGGCGUUCCAACAAGAAGGAAUGAAUGAGGUAGACCAAAGAGAUAAAAGGGUCACUAAGAUGCCCCAACGAUGGCAAAAACACGACCGACAUCCGACACUUUACGAGAAGGACGAUAACGCGGACCCUAGACAGAUCAUGAUAACGACAACGCUUGACGACGCUUAUCCAGAUGGUGAAGACAGAUAUGCAGUAGCCCGGGCAGAUCAUCCCAUUCCAACAGACAAGAACUACUACUUUGAAAUCACUAUAAAAAAAGGCUGCCCUGACGAGCAACUGUGA